AUGGGUUUCAAAAAUAUAAAAGUUACUACUUCAGAUUUGGGAUCGAACUUCAACGCGACCAUGUUCAGCGCUUCGGAUGUUAUCCUUGCCAACAUUCACCCUUUCUUUGCCGGAGUAACAGUACAACAAGGUGCCAAUUGGACUUUCCAGUACUUUAACGAAAAUAUCGUUGUACCUAGUCAAGGAAGACCUGCUGUUAUUAGUGAGACAGG